AUGUCUCACGCGUGCGACAUCUGUGGUAAAGAGUUCAGUCGAAAAGCCAACCUCGUCCGUCAUCGCGACACGAUACACGGAGACGUGACGGACAUGCCUUCGGGAGAAGAGGUCUUGGACGCCGAGACAGGACAAAACCGAUCCGCUGAUAUCUUUGACGACACCGACAAUUCAUCCGAAGAGGCAACCACCGAGCAUGACACGGAGUCGCUGGAAUCUUCCGAGGUCUCGAUGGCGUCACAGGAUGACGUCUCAGAAGAUGAGUCUGUAAAGGAUUCUUGGGAAGCAGAGUCAACGACAGAAACCGAAAGCGAUCAAAGCGGUUCCGAGAGUGAUGCAAGCUCGACCGUGUCUUCCAAUUCAUCUUUCUCUGGUGAAGGUGAAGAGUAUGGUUACGACAGCGGUGACGAGGAAGAGUGGACGCUCUAUCGAGACUGGUCCAUUCCACUCAAGCACGAACCAGGCGAUGUCCCUCAACGCGUGAUCAAAGAGACAAAACGCGCUGGCAAAACGUUUUAUCUUGUAGAGUUUGCUGCCAUGCCUCGUUACGGUUACAACAUCGAGUACAGCAAGAGCUGGGUCCCAGAGCAGACAUUGAUGAAAACAUACGGCUACCUCGUUCUGAAAUAAUACAGCAUCGUCCUCCUGUCGACAGGACAACUUCUCCUAACGACGUGUCGUAUUGAUAUUAUAUUUGAUGAGUAACGUAUAGCUAUAGUUGGCCUGUGCAUUUCUUCCUCAACACAGUCUUGAUUGGUAAGUGGUGAAUAAAGUGUGACGAAACC